AUGCCACACGUAUCGUUACAUUACACUGUUUUUGCUUCAACGCUAUUACUCUCGGCGGGAAUCGGAGUUUAUCACGGUUUUAAUUUUAAAAAAUGCCGAAAGAAAAAUAAACAAAAUGAUAAUAAUAAUACGGAUUAUUACAAUGGCGGAAACGACGUUUGUGGUGGCGACGGUAGUGAAGAUUAUGAAAAAAAUCCGGAAAAAGAAUUUUUAACGGCUGGUGGAAAAAUGAAUUGGUUUCCGGUUGCUUUAUCACUUCUUGCCAGUUUUUUAUCAUCCAUAACGAUUAUGGGUCAACCCGCGGAAGCAUAUUUAUAUGGACCUGGCCUUUGGCUCAUUGGUAUAUCAUCCAUAUUUUCCAUACCUUUUCUUAUUUAUUUUCUCAUACCGUUUUUUAGAAAAUUAAAUACGUCGUCUGCUUACGAGUAUUUUGGGCAAAGAUAUGGUAAACCUUUUCAAUUUUGCGCAUCGGUUUUUUUCACGAUUCAAAUGUUAUUAUUUUUGGCAUUGGUUUUAUAUGCUCCUGCAUUGGCAUUCAAUCAAGUCAGUGGAAUUGACAUGAAUGCAAUUAUUGUCGCAAUGUAUUUCGUUUGUAUAUUUUACACGACCGUGGGCGGAAUCAAAGCCGUAAUUUGGACGGAUGCAUUUCAAAUUUUGAUCCUUUACACGGCCGUCACUGCCGUUUUAGUUAUGGGAACAUUAAAUUUAGGAGGUUUUUCCGUUGUUUGGAAAAGGAAUACGGAAAAUUUUAGAGGAAAUUUUUUCGAUUUUGAUUUCGAUCCGACGAAAAGAUAUAGUUUUUGGGCAUCAGUUUUCGGUUGUGCUUUCCUCCAUCUUUCAUCAUUCGGAGCAAAUCAAUUACAAAUACAAAGAUAUUUAACGGUGCCAUCAAUGAAAGAAAUUAAAAAUAUUUUGUACAUGAACGUUUUGGGAUGGACAUUUGUUACAAUAUUAACAGGUUAUGCUGGAAUGUUAAUUUUUGCUAAAUAUUACGAUUGCGAUCCGUUAAUGAAUAAUCAAAUAAAAUCAUAUAACGAAUUAUUUCCGCUUUACGUAAUGGACGUUUUGGGAGAAUUCAAAGGAUUUCCAGGUUUAUUUGUUGCCGGAAUAUUUUCAGCUGGAUUAAGUACCGUAUCCACUGGAGUGAAUUCACUUGCUGCCAUUUGGUUUUCCGAACUCGAAGGUACGACAUUAAAAAAAAAUCUAACACCGAAAAAAAAAGAAUAUUUUGUUAAAGGACUCGCAUUGUUUUUUGGUUUAUCUUCAUUCGGUUUGGUUUUUAUUGUUCCGUACAUGGGAAAUCUCGUACCCAUCACCGUAUCCAUAUCUAGUUUUUUUUCCGGUUCGUUUUUUGCACUUUUUUUGCUUGGAAUUUUUGUACCUUUCGUUAAUCAAAUAGGUGCAUUUUCCGGAUUGAUAUGCGGUGUCGGUUUUGUUGGAUGGCUUUCAAUCGGUGCUCAAAUAUCAUUAGAAAACGGUUACGAAGUUACCGAAACUUUACCCUUAUCAAUCGAGGGUUGUUCUUCUUCGAAUGCAACAUUUAACAUGACAAAUAAUUUUGUAGAAAAAGAAAAAGAAUUAGCAUUCGUACUUUAUAGAAUAUCAUUUAUGUGGUAUUCGUUUUUAUCAAUCGUUAUCACCGCCAUUGUUGGUACGACGGUUAGCGUCGUAACAAAUUAUUUAUUUUCAUCAUCGUUUAAAACUUUUUCUGUUACCACGGAUAAAGAUCUUAAAGACGUAAGUAGAUUUUUUUUACAUAAUGUUUCGCUUUUCCCGAGAACGCGCACUCCCCCACCCCCCACCGCGUUACAAUAA